CUGUGCGGCUCCAAGAAGCUUAGCUAACCUAACCUGCAAACAGGGUAUAAAAUACAACUACAGACUGUGUCGAUGCGUUUCGUAACCAAGUGUAAGUUGGCAUCAUUGUGUUUGCAUGUGUGUCACUUUUGACAGUGCCGUUGUUUUUCUCCUUUGUUUUGUUUCGUUUCGUUUUUACUUUUCACUUUGCCAUUGUUUUUCUCUUUGUGUCGUCAUGCCAAAUCUCUGGGAUGAGUAACAGACACGAUUAAACUCGGCACGAGCGUAUGACAUGUCAGUCGCACACGGAUAAGAAUAAGGAAAUAGCGUGCGAACCAUCUAUCACAUGUUUGAUACGCUGUUCAAUGAAAACCAGCAAUUCUGACCAGACUUUGGUAAUCACGUACGCUCCUCCGGUCCUCCGAGUCCCAUCACUGUUGUUUACUGCUGUAAUGGCCGACUUCGCGAUUCAUUUAUCAACAUUUCAACUUCACUUUUGUGUGCGGCAUUUGUUUGCGCUGAACUUUGUCUCCAAUGGGUUUGUUGUUGCCGUGACCAAGCUGCUAGUGUCGUGGACCGCUAUGGAAGAAGAGGGUUGGACUCGGCGUCGAAUCGUCUGUUCGCAGCGUUCCGACUCUGUGACAGCGCUCAUUCAGCAUCUGGACAAAUGCGAGCAAGAUUUCGAGGACAAAAUGAAGCCCGACAUCCUGACGGACAAACUCGAGAAAGUUCGCAAGCACGAAACCAAAACGAACGUCUUGUCGGAGGCUAGGGUACACCGGAUGAAUCGGAGCUUUCUCGCAACGAUGAGUGACAGUGGAAUCGUCAUAGUGGGUGAUCCGCAGACGAUACGAGUAGAUGAGAAUGGAGAGAUUAAAGUCGUAGAAAAGACGGGCGCGGAAGAAUUGCAACCGGAUGAAAAUUCUCUGGAUUUCAAGAUGUCGGAAGGGCUUUCGGUGAACAGCCUGAAUGGCGGAACGCUAAAAGGACCGCAGUCGUCGCAAGGAUCAAUGGCUGUUCCCGUGUCGAGUGCCGAUCUAGAGCGCGGAACGGCGCCAAUGGAGAAAAGUAUAAUCGCCGUCUUGCCGGGAGGUUCCGAGUUUCUGGACGGUGACGCCGCUACCUUGAUCGACAUGGAUCGUAUAAACGAGACGGAAGGAAUCGACGAGGCUGGCCUGUUGCGCGUCAAACGAGAAUUGUGCGAGCUAGAGCCCGACGCUGUGUACAGUUGUACCAGCUGCGAAAUGAGCUUCGACUCUGUUCUCGAACACAUCAAGCAAUUCCACGACGGUCAAGAGGUUCUCCUGGAAAUGGCGGAACAACUGGAUGACUUGGGGACGAUGAUGCCUGUGAAUGCAGCAGUGCCUACGAUGCCCGAGGUUACGGAAAACCUGGUGAAUGCACGGCAACGGCAGACGAUGAACACGCUACGCACGGAAGAAUGCGUGGACAGCGAGGGUAGACUCUACACGAGAAAAGUCGUGCAGAUUGAGAAAUUCUGGGACCGUGUGCCGAUUCAAGUCACGACGCAGUCACAGUCGACAAAGGCUCCUAUGAUCGAGAAAUUCUUCUCAAACGUGGAAGGCGUUAAGGUACGAGAGAAACGCUUGGCGACCGCAUCGGUACGAAUGUACAGAUGUAAUCAGUGCUUGCAACAGUUCGCCAAGUUGGGAAACUUUCGCGUGCACGCCUGCCUCCGCGGCAAUAAUCGCUGUGAGCAGUGUGACCAAAGCUUCGCGACUCCCAAGGCCUUGCAACUCCACGCGAAAGUACACGACGGUGAGGUCGAUCCGAGUCGGAAAACGUUUGUCUGUAACACGUGCGGUACCGAGUUCUGCUCCCAUAAAAGCCUACGAUUGCAUUCGAGAAUGCAUGCCCCGGUGAGAGCUAGACAUGUCGACGCUCCCGAGGGGACUCCUAGCGCGACGUUUACUUGUCCCGAAUGCGGCAAAACUUUAUCCGAGUCGUACAAAGACGCGCAUAUGACGCUACAUACUGGCGACUCGGUCACGUGUGCAAUCUGUAACAGAAAGUUUGAUUCCGCGGAUAGUUUGGCGAUGCACGCGGCGGUACAUGUCGAGCUAGCACCUCCGCGAUCGCCUACUCCGAUCCCAGCUGUCAGAGGAGCAGCGAUGAUCGCGAUGGCAUCAACCACAAUGGCAGCGUCAUCAACAACGACGAUGACGCCCACGACUACGACGACAACCACGACCACGACGACGAUAGAAACUGCUGAUAGUCAGAAACCCUAUCAGUGUCAGCAUUGUGGUCGCAGAUUUACCAGACCUCACGAAAAAGUGAAACACGAACGAAUUCAUACCGGGGAGAAACCACAUGCCUGUGAGGUUUGCGGCAAGACCUUUCGCGUCUCUUACUGCCUGACACUGCACAUGCGUACGCACACGGGCGUGCGACCCUAUGCUUGUCAACAUUGCGGUAAACGUUUCAAGGCAUCCUCCGUGUACAAUCAUCACCUGUUAACGCAUGGCGAGGAGCGCGCCUAUACAUGCCCGUAUUGUCCAAAGACGUUCAAGACGCGUGUACAACUGGCGGGUCACAAAAAUAGCCACACGAAGCCAUUCCGGUGCACCGAAUGUUCGCGACCGUUCGCAUCGCUCUAUGCUGUUCGUGCGCACAUUCAGACACACAAGAAGGACAAUAAUCUUAAAUUCAGUUGUUACGUAUGUGGCGCGUCGUACGGUCGAGCGUUUGCUCUCAAGGACCAUUUGAAGCAACACGGCCAGGAUGUGCUGGCGCCACCGGAGCCAGCGCGGGAGGAGGAGGUACGCGAAAACUUUCUUCUUGGCGAGGAGGAGGUCGAGGAAGACGAGCUCGUCGUCCCGUCACCACCACUUCCCGUCGUCACGCGUUCCUCCGAUAUGGAUACCGAUUGAGAUUAAUUGUUGUAAACCGAUUCUAGUCGAAUCGUAGCGCGUAAUCGUUCGUCAGGAUCAAAAGAUCUACAAUGGCCGCUCUGUUGAACCUUUGCCGCAACUCCGUAUGUUUAACUCUUGUAACGUUUGCGCAGUUGUUGCAUAGACGUUGUUGCGAUUUUUCUACUGGGACUUGGAACAAGUUCAAAUUCAAUUGUACGUAAGCGUUGUUAAUUCGCGUUAAUAAAGCUAUUUUAUUUGUAUUUUUCACGUAUACCGGACAUAGUAUACCGAAUGUAUCUCAUCGUAAGUUCGUGGCUCUGAUUUCAAAUCGGAAAGUUCUCUUUUUGUUAAAAAUAAUUUAUUCAUCGGUACGUAAUUAUUAGAUUUCUCGAAUCGAUUUGAUCGGAAUUGGCGACACAUCGGAAUUAUGCGAUACCAGGAGCCGGAAAAAUUAUCGGUCUCUCGCGAGAAAGAAAUCUGACGAAGGCGCGCAAGAGUAUUGAAGAUAAAUAAUAUGAAAAUGGGUUGGCCUUUCCUUCAAGUGAGAGUAGAGUCUAGCAUAUUACUGAACGUAUAUAAAUGCGCGUUCUUAAAACUACAAAUGUUUAGGUAUAUUUUGUGAUACGGAAGGACGCGGUUCUAGGAAUUAUUAGAAAUUUGUAUUAUAUAAAUAUGCCCAAUCGUGAUGAUCAACGCGUUGUUGAUCGAUACAAUAUCCGCGAAUAUAAUUGCGAUUCGUUUCGAUUUUGAUAGAAUUAAUACUCUGAUUUCAAGUAUAAAUCUUGGUAGCAAGAACGGCAAAAACUCUCGUUUUGGUAUUGUUUCGCGAUUAUUUAAUUGUGUAAGUGUACACGUUUAAUCUGUUAGCCAUCUGGCGAUUAGCUUAAUCGAACAAAAUUCCAACUGGAUUUCCGUUCAAAUUUUAGAAUAGUUCAUUUUUUUAAUUAAACGUAGUCUCGUUUGUUUCUUUCGAUAAUUCAUAUUUUAUACGUUUUUAACGUUACGCUUAUUUAAGUAACAUUUGUUAACUGGAAAAAUUCUAUAAUGAAUUAAAAUUUUAUCUAAGAAAGAAUUGUUAAUCGAACUGUUGUUACUUCUGUUAUUGCUCAAUUGUAUUUGUAUUUGUACCUAACAAUAAGUAACAAGAACAAAGAGGGAGAGAAAGAGCAAACGCGCGCUCUCAAAUGAUUCGUCAUCAUACAGCGUCAUCGUACACACGGCAGAACAGAACAUGGUUCGAUUGUGUGUGCUUUCAUUGUUUUAUGUUUUGUUUGUUAAUAAAGUGAUGCAAAGUUUGUUUUCUUACACAA